AUGUGGUUGAGUGCCGUGAUGCGGCUGGUGAACUUCCACCUGGGCGGGUCCUUGUACGUCAUGCCCAAGGUGGCGGUGGAAGGUGGCUUGGAAGGUUUGUUCCUCUUGCUUGCCUGCUGCGGUGCACUGACUCUGCUGGUCUAUGAGAACUUGGCUGAUGUUGCCUUGGUGGCUCAGCAGCGUCAGGUGCCCGUGAAGGCGUCCUUGUGCGGCCUCGUGUCGGCCAUGCUGGGGCCACAUGUGGCCAUAGCUCUGAGGGUAUUGGUGGUGCUGAACGCGUUCGGAGUCUUUGUGAUGUACGGAAAGGCCAUCAUGGACGUGUACGAUGCCGUGAUGCAAGAAGCCGCUUCCCCGGAAGCAAUUGCAACAGCAGCCGCUUGGCUGGGUGGCAUGUGCCUGUUGACCUGCCUGGGUGGCCACGUUGAUGGCUGGGAUAGCCUGCUUGCAAAUGGAGCCCUGCUUUUCCUAAUCAUUGGUAUUUUCUACCUGGAACCGUCGCCAUCUCAUCUACCAGUUCCAAAGCCAUGGGGCAAGCUGAUCGUUGAAGAUGGGCCGUCUUUGGUCUUCACGUUCAGCAGUGCAGAGUACAUUCUUUUUGCAUGCGACGUGGUGGACGAUGAAGGACACUUCGUCCAAGGGGUGCCUGUUCACCGCAGAGUUCGGAUCAUUGGAGCGACGUCCGUGCUGAUUUCCUUUGCAUUGUAUGUCGCCGUCGGAUAUGGAGGUGCUCGCACCUUUGGAUCUGGUGUCGAGGAUGACAUACUGAAGAACUUUGCCCUGAAGGGUUCCAAGCACGAGCUCCUCCUGCCACGGUCUUGGCAACCAACGCCGUCUCGUUGCUGCUCUCAUUGCCGGUCUUCACCGAGACUUUCCUUCAGUACAUCAAGGAGCUGCUUGAGGACCUCUCUUCCCAGGAGACCUUCCUGCAACUGUCCCAAAACGCUUGGUUCGGGCGCUUCGUGA